AUGAUCUGCAGUGUGAUCCUGAGCGUGCAUGAUAAACAAGGCAGCGGCCAGCAGCUCUCCCUGAGGCCAUUACCCAGAGGUCAGAGCCCACGCCUGGCUUCUUCCUGCCUGACCUCCCUCUGGACGACGGAGCGCGCUGGCCUGUGGAUCACACGUGCUGCUCACAAACAAUCUCACUUCCCGUCACCGCGCCGAGAGCCAGAAACCAAGAAGCCCUGGCCUGUGUCUGCUGCGCACUGUGCUAACUUCCUCCAGUCUCACGCUCCCUCUGAGCCUCCAGCGUCAUUCAUUAGCCUCUAG